AUGGGCAAGUUUGACGACAACGAGAGGAUAAUCCUCAACGUCGGGGGCACCAGGCACGAAACCUACAAAACCACCCUGAAGACCCUGCCGGGGACGCGACUGGCCCUGCUCGCCUCCGACUCGGACAUCGACUCCGUGCUGGAUCAGCUGCAACAAGUCCCCGGCUUCAUCGAGUACAACGCGCGGACCAACGAGUACUUCUUCGACCGCCACCCGGGCGUCUUCGCCUACGUGCUCAACUACUACCGCACCGGGAAGCUCCACUGCCCGGCGGAUGUGUGCGGACCGCUGUUCGAGGAGGAGCUCUCCUUCUGGGGCAUCGAUGAGACGGACGUGGAGCCCUGCUGCUGGAUGACAUACCGGCAGCACCGGGACGCGGAGGAGGCUCUGGACGUGUUCGAGCUCAACGUGGACAACGGAGAGGAGGACGACGAGAUUGGGAAGAGGCUGGGCAUAGAGGAUGUGGCUGCCGACGGGAAUGUGAGCCUGUGGAGAAAGUGGCAGCCGGUGAUCUGGAAUCUAUUCGAGGAUCCGUACUCCUCCAGGGCGGCGAGGUUUAUUGCCUUUGCAUCUUUGUUCUUCAUCCUGGUCUCCAUCACCACCUUCUGCUUGGAGACCCAUGAAGCUUUCAACAAAAUCAUCAACAAGACGGAGUCGGUGCGGAACAGCAGCGUGCCUGACUCGGGUCCACAGUACGAGAUUGAAACUGACCCUGCGCUCACGUAUGUGGAAGGUGUUUGUGUCUUCUGGUUCACCAUCGAGUUCCUGGUGCGUGUGACCUUCUGCCCAGUGAAGUUGGAGUUCGUUAAGAGCGUUCUCAACAUCAUCGACUUUGUGGCCAUCCUUCCUUUCUACUUGGAAGUAGGGCUCAGUGGCCUUUCUUCAAAGGCUGCCAAGGAUGUGUUGGGUUUCCUCAGGGUGGUGCGUUUUGUUCGUAUCCUGCGUAUCUUCAAGCUAACCCGUCAUUUUGUGGGGCUUAGGGUGCUGGGCCACACAUUACGGGCCAGUACUAACGAAUUCCUGCUGCUCAUCAUCUUCCUAGCAUUGGGAGUGUUAAUUUUUGCCACCAUGAUAUACUAUGCUGAACGAAUUGGCGCAAAGCCCAAUGACCCCACCGCAAGCCUCCACACAAAGUUCAAGAAUAUCCCCAUUGGCUUCUGGUGGGCCGUGGUAACCAUGACUACACUGGGCUAUGGUGAUAUGUAUCCAGAGACCUGGUCAGGCAUGGUGGUGGGUGCGCUGUGUGCUUUAGCUGGCGUGCUGACGAUAGCCAUGCCUGUGCCCGUUAUUGUCAAUAACUUUGGGAUGUACUACUCCCUGGCCAUGGCCAAGCAGAAGCUGCCUAAAAAGAGGAAGAAACACAUCCCACAGGUGGUGCAAGGAGGGUCCCCCACCUACUGCAAAGCUGAUCUCAACACAACCUGCAACAGCAAUCAAGGUGACCUGUGCCACGUCAAAGGGAGCAGGGUACUAGAACGCAACCGCUCAGUUCUGUCAGCAGACUGCAGCGGGGGCAGCGACCUCACCAUGUCUCCAGAGGACAGGGUCCCCAUGCGGAGGUCCAGCACCCGGGAACAGGACCGCCGGAGUGGGGGGACGUGCUUCUUGCUUGCUGCUAGUGACUACACCUGCCCUUCAGAUGGAGGGAUGAGAAAAACAGGCUAUGAGAAAUCCCGGAGCUUAAACAACAUAGCGGGCAUGACUGGCAUGGCUGGUAACGCCCUGAGGUUGUCUCCUGUGACCUCGCCCUACGGAUCACCCUGCCCCCUGCGGCGCUCUCGCUCCCCCAUCCCCUCCAUCCUGUGAGACCUCCAGCCCCGGGCCACUUUGACCCAAACCACCCCACAGCCAACCCCCGUUUAACAAACCGCCUCCCUUUGGCAUCAUAUCUGAACUCUGUUCUAGAUAUUGUGACUAGUGGAUAAGUACUUACCAUUGUAGCUAAGACUAAUGUUAAUACAACCUGAGCAAGUCCCCUUUUCCUUGAUGGUCAUGUGCUUAGCUGAGAUCCUUAAGUAACUAGUCAGUUCUCCUGUGUCACUUGGAGUUCCCUUUAGUUGGAUAUUGUCGUACUUUUAGAAUUGCAAUAAAAGAACUCUGACUGGUGGCUUCAGAAGUAGCAGCCAUAACAUUUAAUAAAAGACAUAUUAAUAAUCAGGGAUAUUAGAUGUUGCUAUAUUUAGAUACCUUGAAACAGACGUGCUUCCAAAAAAAGAAAGAGAGAUGUCACUUCAUGUUAACCUCAUACGACUGUGACUUUGUCUGUACUUUAUUUUUGGGUAGAAGAUAAGAGGUGCGGGGAUGGAAGGUUAGUCUUUUAAGAUUUUGUUUCAACUCACACAACGCACACGUGCAGUUUGUCACUGUUCACCUUCUGCUGGGCCUUGCUCAUGUUUUUGCAUGGAUCAUCCUGUAACCAUCGUCUGCAAGCAGUGUGGAGAGGGGAGGAGGGCCGAGACAGACAGCCAGCAGAGGAUUUGUAUCGACAGCACAUAGACAUGAAGGAGCAGUUUUAAUUAAGCGUUAUUGUGUUGGGCUAUGGGUGGGGAGGGGUGCACUCAACUUGUAUCGUGUCUCAUUUUGCCAUUGGCUUCACCAACAAACCAACAAGGAGACUAAACACACAGAAUGCCAGCCGGGUGUUCGUUUCUCUCUGCAUGUGGGUUUCUGCUCAUCUGCUGCUAAUUCUGAUUAACUUUCUCCCCCUCCUCCUUCAUGUUGAUUUUUUCUUUGAUGGAGUGCCACCAAAGCUGUUGUGUUUCUGGUUGUUUACUCACAGAUAACUGCAAAGAGGUUGUCUUUACUGGUUUCACACAAGCAGAGAGCAGCGUUCUAUCUUAAUGGCUUGAGGGAAGGAACCGCCAUGGCGGAAAGGUAACCGUCUGAAAAAAAGGGUGUGAGGGUCAGAUUGCAGUGCAGAACCCUCUCACCCUGUUGGUCAUGAAAUAUGAUUUGUGUUUUUGUGUGCUAAAAUGGGGGUUAUUCAAUAAUCUAUAAAGAGAGAUACAUGUAUUUGGUUGCAUUCAUUCUUGAAGGCAUCGAUAAAGAUGCUUCUUGUAGCAUUUUCCACAUUGUGAACAACUGAGGCCAUAAUUAAAGGUCCCAUGUCAUACCUGUUUUAACAACUGAAUAACCUUAAUCUGGAUCCACUCUGUCCAGUAAGUGACAGAAACGAGCCCUGAGGAGGAGGGGUCAGCUGGGGGCGGAGCUUAUCCUGUUGUGACAUCAUAACGGGAUCCAAACGGCUCAGUCAGAGACACACUUUCUAAACUUUGCAAAAAGGAAAGGAAAAGGGAAAAAAAAAAAAAAACAAAGGACGAGUUUUUCAGGUUUGGUGAGUUUAUAAACAAGGAAUUCACCAUUGUGUUCAAAAACAAUUAAAAACUGCACUUUGCAUAACAUGGCCCUUUAAAGAGAAAACAUGCAUUUUGCAUCAUCUUCCCCCAGGUUUGGUUGAUGAUUCAAAAGUAGAUUUUUUGCGAUACAGAAACAGAUCCAUGACUUUUAUUUCAGCUUUCCUCUUUUAAACGCACUUCAUACCAGCCAAGGGCUAUUAACUGCUCUCAAAUCCCCAAACUCGACAGACUAGACCUGAAUUACCUUAAAACAGUUUGGAGUGUCUCACAUCAAAUUUCAUAUUAAACUGAAGCAGCCUUUUGGUUCAGCUGAAAGGCUGCAUCAUUUAUUAUUUAUGAGACCUUUUUUUCACCAUGACAGGCAUAAAUUGCCUCGAUACACUAACAGUUGUGGGACGGCAGACAUAACCACGCAGCAAUGUGCCUCACCCGUCCCUACAGUAUGUCUAUACCAGUAGCAGAAGGUUGCUUAGCAACUGGCUCACAGCUAGAUGCAUCUUACACAUAGCUCGGAAAAAAGUCAAACAAUUAAAAAAGCUCUCGCAAACAUUCUCUUUGUCUGUGCACCAAAUUAUUGAAUCACCCCCCAUUUCAACCACUGCCACAUACAACAGAGCUUUUCUCAUUCUGGCUUAUAGAGCACCAUUGAUUUGUACUGUUUUGAUUUGUGUGUAUAUAUUUAAAGCAGCCAAUGUGUGCAUGGCAAUGUCUUUUGAUUUGGUGCAGACAGAUGAUGCAUUUCUGUUAUUUAGAGAUGUGUUUAUAUUUUAUUUAGACAAUUCAUUUCCUAUUUGAAUGACGGUGGGAUAAGACUGUCAUCAGUAUGAGGACCUAUUGCAGUGGGAAGACCCCAUUUGGAGCCAUAAGGCCACUCCUACAGGACAAUAUGGACGAGGACGCACGCAAAAGCCACUGUCUGACAGCCGCCCAGCAUGGCUCAGCAAGCAGGAGAGGAAUUUAAUGAUCAAAAGGAGAUCUGGGAAGACUUUGCAUUCACAAUUUCCUGAUUUCUCUUUUCCUGUUUUUGAACUCUGGGGGGGAAAAAAGGAGAGCAAAACAAACAGGACACAUCCUUUAAAGAGACUAUCUUCUGUAUAGAUAUCGCUCCUGUAAAUACGACAACAACGCAGCACAUCUGGGCCAAGUGGCUCCCUCCACACAUCUGUCUUUUGGUGGUGAGUCAGGUAACAAGGUGGUUGGUUGCUAAGUUGUGACACUCAAUCACUUUUCUUGCUGUGGUAUCCCUCCUUGCAAUAAGUGUAUUAAGAUGUAUCAGUUGAGGCACUUUGUGUUCUAAAAAUGGAGUGUAUUCAUAUAUGAAAUUCUACAUACAGUAUAUACAGUAUAGAGAGACAAAUGUGCUAAGUUGAAUAAAUGUGACAUUAUUGUCAUCUCUGCUUUUGUUUCCCUUGGUAAUUUCAGUAGCUUUCUUGCUCUGCUGUGUGUUAAUGUGUGUGUGUGUGUGUGUGUGUGUGUGUGUGUGUAUCCUAAAAUUCCAGGGUAACAUCUGCAGUUUGAAAGACCAGGUCAGCAAAGACCAGUGAGUGAACUCAAAGCUGUCACUCUUCCAGUUGGGUUUAACAGGAACCAGACAGAUUUCCCCUGUGAUGCAGCUGCCGUUGUAGAAGUCCCCCUUAAGGUGCAUUUAACAUGCAACUACCCUGCGUUAGUGCUGCAGAUGUUUGUCUCUUCACAAACCAAAUUAUUCUUACCAGACUAUUCCUCAUAACUCCUGGUGGCUAAAAACAAUAAAGCAAACAAAAAAAACUGCAUAACUUGAUUCUUCCAAACUUUUCCCCUCUGUGGGGGCGGAGCAACAGUGUAGCAGAAGUUUACCAAGUUAUAAAGCAGGACUUCUAGAAUGGCUACGUCUGCACAGUAGCAAACCCCCACGUACACAAACAAUCAGAUCGGAUUUGCAAUAAGCACCCGAAAACAAAAAGCACCGAUCCACACUGUGAUUUCAGCAGCCCGUUCAAGCAAGAAGACAGAUGGGAAAUGGAGUGAAAACGCAAAUGUGCAAGUGGCACAACAUAUUGUGUGUCGUGUUGGUUGCGACCUGCACAGUUGUAGGCUAGCUGUUCAAGUGUCACCCUGUACCCACAAUCCUCCUCGUGUACACACGCUGCUUUACUCUUUGAACUGACAAAGGGGUACCGUUCUUUGUGUAUUUCUAGGAUGACGUUGUAACUUGAAAAAAAAAAGGUGUUUAUUUUUUUGAACCCAGAACAUGUAUUUUUGUGUCUUACUGUUGAGUACAUUGCUCUUACUUGUAAAAGUCAUGGUAGUCUGAUGCUGUGCUUCUCCAUCAUGUCCUCAAACUGUCAGGAUUUUGAUCCGAAUUCAUGUUUUGUAUGUUUUACUGUGAGGAAAACUCUAGUUUGAAGUCUGUAUUUGUGGAGCCUUUUGUUGGCAUUCUAAAGUGCAUGCUGAAAAAAAAAACAUUAUGUCAAAUUGUAAAAAAAGAAAAAAUAAGAUGACAUACUGUAUAUCACGUUCAGAACAAUGUGUAUAGAGUAAAGGUAAAUGCUAUGUGAGAGAUUCACAUAAACUAUUUAUCUUUUA